CACUUUGAAUGUCCUAUCUGUGGGAAAAGCUUUCGUAAUAAUUCCUAUCUGGUGACACACCAGAGGACUCACACAGGAGAGAAACCCUUUGAAUGUCCUGAUUGUGGAAAAAGUUUUAAUCUGAGUUCCAGUCUGGUGAUACACCAGAGGACUCACACGGGAGAGAAACCCUUUGAAUGUCCUAUCUGUGGGAAAAGCUUUAGUAAUAAUUCCAAUCUGUUGAGACACAAGAGGACUCACACAGGAGAGAAACCCUUUGAAUGUCCUAUCUGUGAGAAAAGCUUUAGUAAUAAUUCCUAUCUGGUGAUACACCAGAGGACUCACACAGGAGAGAAACCCUUUGAAUGUCCUAUCUGUGGGAAAAGCUUUAGAAAUAAUGACUAUCUGUUGAGACACCAGAGGAUUCACACAGGAGAGAAACCCUUUAAAUGUCCUGAUUGUGGAAAAAGUUUUAAUCUGAGUUCCAGUCUGGUGAUACACCAGAGGACUCACACGGGGGAGAAACCCUUUGAAUGUCCUAUCUGUGGGAAAAGCUUUAGUAAUAAUUUCUGUCUGGUGACACACCAGAGCACUCACACAGGAGAGAAACCUUUUGAAUGUCCUAUCUGUGGGAAAAGCUUUAGUAAUAAUUCCAAUCUAUUGAGACACCACAGGAUUCACACAGGAGAGAAACCUUUUGAAUGUCCUGAUUGUGGAAAAAGUUUUAAUCUGAGUUCCAGUCUGGUGAUACACCAGAGGACUCAUACGGGAGAGAAACCCUUUGAAUGUCCUAUCUGUGGGAAAAGCUUUAGUAAUAAUUCCAAUCUGUUGAGACACCAGAGAACUCACACAGGAGAGAAACCCUUUGAAUGUCCUGAUUGUGGGAAAGGUUUCUGUCAGAAUUCCAGGUUGGUUAGACACCAGAGGACUCACACAGGAGAGAAGCUAUUUUAAUGACUUAUCUGUGGGAAAAGUUUCAUUAAGAAUUCCAUCCUGUUGAGACAUCAGAGGACUCACCCAGGAGAGAACCCCUUUGAAUGUCCUGACUGGGAAAACUUUCAUUAAGAAUUCCAGCCUGGUGAGACACCAGAGGACUCACACCGUGGAAAAAUCUUUGAAAUGUCCCCUCUGUGGACAUUACUUCGAGCACAAACCAUUCCUUAUUGCACACAAGGCAAACAUGUCAUGAUAUUAGAUGGGAAGAUGAAA